UGUCUGGUCACGAGCUAGGAUAAUAAAACGUCAGUCGGAAUAACGCUAGUCGCCAUUUCAUCCUCCGAGGAGUCGAGACGUUGACUACAGCUUCAAGAGUGACGUGGAAGCUCCACAAUGGUGAAAAUAUUCAUUGGGAACUUGUCGCCAGACACUACAUCAGAUGAACUUCGUUCUCUGUUUUCCCAAUAUGGCAAGAUUGCAGAAUGCUCUAUUGUCAAGAACUUUGGCUUUGUACACAUGGAUGACAAAGCGGAGGCAGAAGAAGCCAUCCGCAACCUUCACCAUUAUGAGCUGAAUGGCCAGCCUAUGAAUGUUGAAUUGAGUCGUGGCAAGUCAAGAGGAUCUACCAAACUACAUGUUGGAAAUAUCGCCUGUACCAAUCAGGAGCUGAGGGCCAAGUUUGAAGAGUUUGGCACUGUGCUGGAGUGUGACAUAGUAAAAAACUAUGCAUUUGUUCAUAUGGAGCGAAUGGAGGAUGCCAUGGAGGCCAUUAAUCAGUUAGACAACACGGCUUUUAAAGGCAAACUGAUGAGCGUGAAGCUUUCGACUAGCCGCCUGCGUACUGCGCCGGGAAUGGGAGACCGAUCGGGUUGUUAUCGUUGCGGGCAGGAAGGCCACUGGUCCAAAGAAUGCCCUCUAGACCAAAAUGGCUACCACAGAAACGGCUCAGAGCCAAAGUCUGAUGGAUAUGAUGCCUCGAGAUUUGGCGGGCGUGGUCGCAGCAGGGGUUAUCAUCCGGACUUCAGUGGCGAUCCCGAUUAUGGUGGCAGCUAUGCUCCUGUACAUGGUUUUUCCCGGGGUUCUGGUCACAGCAGCAGCAGCAUGGCAGGGUACAGAAGAGGUGCAGGCUAUGAGAGCGCAAUGAGAUAUGGGCCACACCCAGGUUAUGGCAUAAGUGCUGUUGCUGAUCAUAGCAUGGCUCGGAUGUAUGGCAGCGAGGCGGCAUACAGGGGCAACGGCUCACUCUAUGGCGCGGUACCAGCCUACCCGAUGCGACGGUCGCCUUAUGAGGAAAGGGAUCCGUAUGGGGUCGUGGACUACUACGAGAAGUACAGGGCCAAUUCGUAUGGAGGCAGUUAUUUCGAGGAACGUCGCGGUGUCCCCUUGCCUGCUCCAUCAACAUCCUCUUCCACAGCUAUAAUGAGAGAACGUCUGCCCCCCUCUAGCCUCGACCCAUACGAGUGCCCUCCCCUCCCUCCUCCACCAGCCCCAGUCACCUCAUACUACGCACGUGACCGGAGUCCGAUUCGGAGAGUCGCUACCGAGGCAGAUGGAUAUGCAUAUGAGCGUUCGCGCCUUUCCCCAGUGACCGCCCUUCCAAGAAGUUCUACCUAUGACCAUCCGCGGGAUCCCGGCGCUGAGCGGGCACGAUAUACAUACUAAUCUUUGUUCCUUACAGCCAGGUGUCAGCUGACUCACAUUUUGAAGGUAGGAUAGCCUAAGUGCCAUUGGAACCAUUGAAGUUUAAACUUUAAGCAGUAUGUCAAUUUUCAAGUCAGCCCUCUGUGUAUGUGAGGUGUGUGGGUGGGUAGUAGGAAUAAGGUUAUAAUAAAUUUUUGCCCAUAGUAGUCAAUGAGUAGAUUUCAGUGUGAAUGGUUGAAUGCAUUUACAUUAUGCUAUGCUCUCAUUCCAGGUUAUACUUCACCAUACAGUACAACUAAUGACUCGGUUACAGUUAGGGAAAUUACUAUUUGACCCCCUGCAUAUUUCAUGAUUUUGGCCACAUACAAAAAGAAGCGGCCUAUAAUUUAAAAAAAAAAUUUAACUGUAAGAGACGGAAUAACAACAAAAAAUUCCAGAAAACACGUAUAACAGUCAUAAAUUAAUUUCUAGCUGAUCAAAGUAAAUAAGUAUUUGAUCCCCAGCAAAACAUGACCUAGUACUUGGUGGAGUCACCCUUGUUGGCAAGCACAGACGUCAGAUGUUUCUUGUCGUUGGUCACCAGGUUUGCACACAUCUCAUGAGGUAUUUUAGACCACUCCUCUUUGCAGAUUCUCUCCAGUUCCUUAAGACUUUCGGUCUAAAGAUUGGCAAGGCCACUCCAUGAAUUUAAUGUGCUUCUUCUUGAGCCACUUCUUUGUUGCCUUGUCCAUGUGCUUUGGGUCGUCAUCUUGCUGGAAGAUCCACCUACAACCCAUUUUGAAGUGCUCUGGUUGAGGCAAGGAGGUUUCUUACCCAAGAUUUCUCGAUACAUCGACCCAUUCAUUGUUCCUUCGAUGCGGUGCAGUUGUCAUGUACCCUUGACAGAGAAAUAGCCCCAAAGCAUAAUGGUUCCACCUCUGUGCUUGACUCUGUGGAUGGUGUUCUUAGGGUCAUAGUCAGCAUUCUUCUCUCUCUAAACACAGUAAAUCAAAUGGAUGUUGGUCUUGUCUGACAUAAUCACAUUCUCCCAAGCGCCCUGAGUAUUGUACAAAGGUUCAGUGGCAAACUUCAAGUGGACAUGCACAUGUGCCCCCUUGAGCAUGGGGACCUUGUGGGCACUGCCAAAUUUCAUAUGCAGUGUGUUACCAAUGGUUUUCUUGUUGACUGUAGUCACAGUUGACUUGAGAUCAUUGACAAGUUCCUCAAGUUAAAUUCUGGAAUUAUCCUUGACAUUUUUGAUGAUCAUAAAUGCUGCAUGAGGUGAGAUCUUGCAUGGAGCUCCACACCGAGGCUAUUGAAUGUUGUUUGGUGUUUCUUCCAUCUGUGAAUGACAGACAGUUGUCACCCUCUCACCAACUAGUUUGUCGAGGAUCUUGUUCAGGAUCUUCCAGCUAUGUGAGGCUCUACAAUCUUGUCUCUUAUGUCUUUGGAUAGCUCUUUGGUCUUGUUGAUGGUGAUGCAGUUGAAGAUGCGAAGUGUGAUUCUUUGGACAGAUUUAUUUCAGACAUGUACACGUAACCAGUUCAGAUGAUUUAUUUCGAAAGCAAAAUAGGCUAAUAUGCGUGCCUCUUGGCCACAUAAUCAAUCUGUGGGAGCCACAGUCUUUGCUGGUAGAAAGGGGAUGAAAUAUUUGCUUCCCUUGAUCAACUGGAAAUUACUUUUUAACUGCUAUAUUUUUUUUCUGGAUAAUUUGUUAAUAUUCUGUCUCUUACAGUUAAAAUGAACCUACUAUUAAAGUUAUAGUCCACUUCUUUUUUUGUAUGUGGCCAAAAUCAUAAAAUAUUCAGGAGAUCAGAUACUUUUACUCCCUUCACUGUAACCAUCUUUCAUUGUGCUAUUUACAUGUUGUGCUAUUGGUGCAGUUCUGAGAUGACUUAGCCAGUGUGUAAGUGCAGGUACUGGGUUUGUCUACGACCUGGUUCCAUUCAUCCAUUCAUGAUACUGUAAAAAAAAAAAAAAAGAAAAGAAAAAAAACCCUGAAUCUUUGGUCUUCUGAUAGGAGAUAUAUGUUCAUAUACCCUUUGAACACUUUAAAAUUAAAUUAGUGCAUGGUGCAUGUUUUAAAGGUGAGUCUUGCGUUAACUUGAAUUGUAUUCAGCAACAUCUAAUAUGUUACUAUGUGCAUUUUAGUGUAUUUGUGUUAGUGAAAGUUCACAUUGUUAGUGCAUAUGUGAAGCAACGGCAAAACAGUUGUGAAUACUAUAUGCUUUUUCACCUACUUGUACCAAAUAUGGACCUGUGUAGACUUCAAAAUGGUUACAGUUUUGGAUUUAGGUUAAACUUUUUUAUAAUGCUGCAUUGUAAUCUUGCUUUUUUGUUUUGUUGUUAGUAGGUGCAUUACUUAAAUUACAUUUAAUUUCAUUGCUGUUAUAAAUAUGAGGCUACAUAUUUUCAACAUCUUGUAAUAUCAUAAUUAAAUGUCCUCAAUUGCUUAUUCUGUCCCCCUUGAUUUCUCACUGUUAGAUUAAAAUUAAAGUCUGUCUAAAGUUUGAA